UUUCCACUUUUAAUUAGGCUCUUUAAUUAAUCAGCUAGUUUAUUGAGGACCGGCGACUGGUCCUGACUUGAGGAACAGGUUGUGAUCCCCAAGUUCAAAAAACAAUUUAUUCCUGUGUUUUGGUAUCUGUUACCAAUCUUCCUUGUAAAAGCUAUGUAAUUAUAGUUAAUGCUGGGACUACAGACCGAGGGAGACAACGAUGGCAGGAUCAAAACCCUAUCUUAGCCAGAACUUUGGCUGUGAAGGGCGAGGACUAAACACAGAGGUGGGGCCUCUGGUCUGAGAGCCAGGGCGGCCCUCUUUCUUCCGUGCCUUCCUUUCCGGGGCUACCCACCGCGGUGCCCGCGACUUCUGCGCUAUGUUUAGCAGCUGAAGUAGGUGGACGUUAGUUAAUUGAAUACUUUUGCGAAUCAUCAACCCGAAGCGGGGGUGACGCAAAGCGCUGGGAUACCCUCCUGGCUCUCUUUUCUACGCCUCUACGCCCGCGCCUCUACGACUACAUCUCCCCGCCUCCGACAAUGUACCUACAGUUUGGACUACAUCUCCCGUGAUGCCUUGCGACCCAGAGGCUUUUCCAUCGCCGCGGUCCCUCGACCCGGCAGUCUCCGCGGUGAGCAGGGGCGUGGCGCCCUCGAUGGGCGGGGCUGGGCUAGGCGGCGGCCGCCUGCCUGGGCCUGGCAGCGGCCUAGGCGAUGCCGCUGCUGGUGAACGGACAGCGAGUGCGGCUUCCGCUGUCGGCUGCUGAGCUGGUCCGAGCGCACCCGUCGCUGGAGGAAAGAGCCAGACUUCUCAGAGGUCAGUCUGUUCAACAAGUGGGACCUCAGGGCCUUCUGUAUGUUCAGCAAAGAGAGCUUGCAGUGACCUCCCCAAAAGAUGGAUCCAUCUCCAUUCUGGGUUCUGAUGAUGCCACUACUUGUCACAUUGUGGUCCUGAGGCAUACAGGUAAUGGGGCAACCUGCCUCACACAUUGUGAUGGAACUGAUACUAAAGCUGAAGUCCCCUUGAUAAUGAGCUCCAUAAAAUCCUUUUCUGACCACGCUCAGUGUGGAAGGCUGGAAGUGCACCUUGUAGGAGGCUUCAGUGAUGAUAGGCAGUUGUCACAGAAACUUACUCAUCAGCUUCUUAGUGAAUUUGACAAACAAGAUGAUGACAUUCACUUAGUGACAUUAUGUGUGACAGAAUUAAAUGACCGGGAAGAAAAUGAAAACCACUUUCCAAUCAUUUAUGGCAUUGCUGUCAACAUUAAAACUGCAGAGAUUUACAGAGCUUCCUUUCAAGAUCGUGGUCCAGAGGAACAGCUUCGUGCUGCAAGAGCUUUAGCAGGAGGCCCGAUGAUUAGCAUUUAUGAUGCAAAGACAGAACAACUUCGAAUAGGCCCGUAUUCCUGGACGCCAUUUCCACAUGUGGAUUUCUGGUUGCAGCAAGAUGACAAGCAAAUACUAGAGAACCUUUCUACUUCUCCUCUGGCCGAGCCCCCCCAUUUUGUUGAACAUAUUAGAUCUACCUUGAUGUUUUUAAAAAAAUUCCCAUCUCCAGCAAAUGUACUGUUUCCUGGAAAUAAAGCUCUCCUCUACAAAAAAAAUGAAGAUGGCUUAUGGGAAAAGAUCUCUCCAGGGAGCUAACAUCCAAGUUACCAAAGAACACAGCUCUUUGGCCUGAUAGAGACCAUUGGCGGUUUGGAAUCUACACCUCUGCAGUUUGACUUCUUCCUUGCUUACUGUAAUCUUUCAAAAUAAAAUCUUAUUUUGGCAAAGGCA